CAGCGGCGCUAAGUGGCGGUGCCGCAGCGCCCGGCCCCGGGGCGGCGGCAGCGGCGGCGGCUCCUGCGCGCCCUCCCUCUCUCCGGCGGCGGCGGCCACCGCCACCACCCCAUCACCCUGCCGGAAGUGGCGGCCGGCAGCGCCCCGCGGGCGGCGGAAGGGGCGGGGACGGUGCGGGGGCAGGUUCCGGGAUGGCGGUGUCUCCCCGCCGUGGUGCGGAGCGGUGCGGGGUCCGGGCCGUGCCCGUCGCCUCGGCCGUGGCCCAGGGCGCCGCCUCGGCCGUGCGGUGUCGCAGCGAGGGCCAGUAAUGGUGGCGCGGGGCACCGGCAGCUACGGGCGUCGGGUCGGUACCGCGGCCUUGCUGGCAGGGGCGGAAAGGCUGGAGCGGGUGCUGCCUGCGCGCCUCGGAUUUGUGGGCCUGCGGGCGGCUUCUCACCCUGCUGCCCCUCCACGGCGAGGUUACAGUAUAGCGUACAGUACGGGUACAAUGUCCUGUCGGACUGCCGUGAGAAUAGUAACAGCUCACAACAGAUUUGUUUUGUGGAAGAUGGGUGUGACCCACGUUUUAAAUGCUGCCCAUGGCACAGCAUACAGCCACAGGGGCCAGGACUUUUAUGGAGCAACCAUUGAGUAUUAUGGUGUACCAGCCCAUGACCUCCCAAGCUUUGAUAUAAGCCAGUUCUUUUUCUCUGCGGCGCAAUUUAUCCACAACGCCUUGAACACGCCGGGAGACACACUUAGUGCAACAGUAUUUGUAAGAACAAAUGAAUAAAGAGACAAAAGUCCUGAUUUCUACAGCCACCAACCACAUGAAGAGGCUCAUAUAUUGCAGCUAAAAUUUUGGUACAUUGUGCAGUUGGAGUGAGCAGGUCAGCUUCCCUAGUCCUAGCAUAUCUCAUGAUAAAUCACCACCUCCCAUUGGUUGAAGCCAUCAAAACAGUGAAGGAGCAUCGAUGGAUCUCACCCAACCGUGGCUUUCUGAAACACCUGC